GUUUACUUGAAUACAUAUCAUUUGGUUUGAAUUUGAGUUAUCUCUUGGUUGUAUCAGGAAUUCAUUAGAAAUAAAAAUGAAAUGGUAUAUUAUUUUGAAAUAUUGCUAUUCUUAAAUUAACUUUCAGUUCAAUUGUCUGACGAUACUACAAAAGUAUUUUGAAAAAACUUGAUAAGAUGGAAAUUCAAGAAAGAAAAAGAGAUUGGUUGGAUGGAACAAUUGAUUUCAUUAGUGGUUCUUUAGGAGGGAUGGCAGUUGUUUAUAUUGGACAGCCAUUAGACACAGUGAAAGUCAAAUUACAAACGUUUCCUAGCCUGUACUCUGGAGCAUGGGACUGCUUUAAACAAACUUUCCGAACUGAAGGAGUAAGGCGUGGUCUGUACGCAGGUACAGUUCCCGCCCUAAUUGCUAGUGUUGCUGAGAAUUCUGUGCUUUUUGCCGCAUAUGGUGGUUGCCAAAAAUUUGUGGCUCUUCUUACUAAUACUUCGGAUGUCGAAAAUUUAUCCACUAUGAGUAAUGCCACAGCUGGUUUUCUUGCAGCAUUUUUUUCAUCAUUCACUUUAUGCCCAACUGAGUUGAUUAAAGUGCAGAUGCAAGCAGCCCGAGAAUUAGAAAUGACUGGACCAGUAAAAAAGACAAGUCAGUUCAAAGUAACUCCAUAUUCAUUAACCAAAGAAAUAAUUCGAAGGGAAGGUAUGAAAGGUAUGUUUCGAGGCCUUGGUUCAACUGUCGCCAGAGAAAUGCCUGGAUAUUUUGUCUUUUUUGGUGCUUACGAAGGAACCAGGACCUUGUUUGCACCUCCUGGAUGUUCUAAGUCUGACUGUGGUCCACUUGGAACGAUGGUUGCUGGAGCCGCAGGUGGCGUAGCAUUAUGGACUGUCAUAUUUCCUGCAGACUUAGUAAAGUCAAGGAUACAAGUCAGCAGUUUAGAGGGAUCAUUCGUUUCGAACACUUUACUAAUUAUAAGAAAAGAAGGUUUUUUAGCUCUCUACAAUGGUCUAAGCCCUACUCUCAUUCGAACUAUGCCAGCAACAGCUGCUCUCUUCCUUACAUAUGAAACUUCAAAAAAACUACUCCAUAAUAUACUCGAUUGAAAUAUAAAGGCUGAUAAAAGAAUUUAUUUUUAAUAAGUAGUAGACUAAGUAGUGUAAUAGCUUACGUUCUCUCUCAGGGUUGUAAUUUAUGUUAAGGACUAAAUUAAAUUUUAAAAUUGUUGAUACAAUUUAUUUUAUUGAAAUAAUUAUGACAUAGUUUGUAUCCUAAUCUAAUCAGGAGUGUUAUUGAUAUUUAAAAAAGACAAAAUUAGAUCUACAAACUGUAAGUUAAAUAUAAAAUAUGUGGAGCAAAUGAGCCGAAUUAGAUUCUGAAAUUUUCAAUAAAUUUCUGUUAUUGAAAAACUGUGAUGUUAUCUAUUUUUAAUGUAAGUGAUAGAAUAUAUCAUCUGUUUAUUGCCAAAUCACUUAGCAAAAUUUUAGUACGUUAAAUAAUUUGAUGAAUUUUCCCUCUAUGAAAUAUAAACAUUAUGCAUUUAGUGUAACUGUUUUUGAUCCAUAAUAGUGGUAGUAUUAUUUUAUUGCAUUUAAUGUUUUUUAAUCAAUAAAAACGAUUGAAAUUCACAAACAUCUACUCAAAACUAUACUUUUGAUAUAGCUAAACUUUUAAGCACAUAUUUUUACUUUCACUUACCUAUAUAUGUUAUAUGUUUUAAGGGUGAGUAUUGCGAUCGGGAACAUUUUUGACUCUAAAUUUUCAAUGGAAAUAUAAGUUUGAGGCCCCCUGAGUCGAAAUAACCAAGUUCCACAGAAUGGUCUGUGUGUAUGUAUGUGAACAGUCUAGCUCUAAGUUGAAUUUCACAUUUGAACCUGCUAUAAAAAAAUGGUUAAAUAUAGUGAAUUAAAAACAAAUUGAUUGGUAACUAAAAGGGAAAUAAUGGUAGGAAGCUAUAUGGUAUGAGCUAUGUAAGCUCCAAGCUCGGCUGUUUAGCCGAUCCUCUCCAUUUACAGAUUCCCGAUACACCUCUGUACAGGGUUUUCUUAUUGUUAGCAUAACUUUUAUGUAUCACUUAUCCAUAAUUUUUUUAAAGCUUUUCAUGCGAA